AUGCCCUCUGCUCCCUUCUCAAUCUCGACACAAUCUAGAAACAAGCUGCAGACUUACAUCCUCGAAGCCAACCCCAUCGACAGUCAACAAGUGGACGACAAGGAAAACAUCAAUGUGGACUUAUCCAGAUGUGCCUCGCUAGUAGGCUCUCAGAGACUCCAUGAUGACGCCUUGCAAAAGUCAUCCCCUCAGCUCCCGCCAUUGUCCUCCGAAAAGCCAUGUCCGCAAACCCCUGCGAAUAGAAUUCCACUGGCCGACUUGAUCGGAAACACCGAAGACGCGUUCAACUGCAAUCCGAAGGACACGACUCCCGAAGAUCACAUCUGUUGGCAACAUGGCCCUACUCCGCUAAGCUCGAUUCCUUCGGCUACCGCCAAUAGUACACGAAGAGGGAAGAAGCGCGCCCGAAGCUCGUCACCAACCACUUCUUCCCAGAAUCAGAAGUCGACCCGCUCCAACGCACAAGAAACCCUUGAUCUUAAAAUACUCCACGAAUCUCUCAAAACACCACAGAAUGAUCCAGCGCUUGACCUUUGGGCUCGCUACACAGAUGCAAGUCUGACGAAGAAAGACGCUGAUGGAAAUGCUUUACCCGCCUUUGCGCAUUUGAUGACUUCGUCUCCACAAACACCAAGCACUGCAAAUGGUAAAGACGGCGGGCUGCGCAGGUCGAUAAGCUGUGGCAUCGAAUGGCCAGUCUCAAAGGCAAAAAAGCGCAAAUUGAACCAAGAGGCAGCAGAAGGCAGAUUGAAAGACGUGUUCGAAGCAUCCAAAACCGAUAUCAUCGGACCCAAGAAGUCUAAAGCGUCACGGAUAACGCUGCUGAUGGAGAAAUUACAAGAGAAUUCUAGGAAAGUCCCUCAAAUAGAAGUUUCAGGUCCAUCAAGUUCCUCACCACUUCCAGAUCGCAUUGGUUUGUCCACUGUACCGUUGUUAUCUCCUGUUUCAAGGCGAUUCGCGGCUCAGCAGGAGUAUGAUGAAGCUGUAACGACGGAAGGGAAUGGCCAGACUAUGCAUGAUAUGCCUGCACAACAGCAUGAUGACCCUGGCAGUCGCUCAUCGGAAUUUGGAGAUGAAGAUCUAGCACUUGAUGUCCUCGAGGCUGUCGAGCAAUCCGCGGGCACUCAAGUAGCCUUGUCUGCCACUGGAAAACAGGGCUGCGAGAGCCUCACCAGGAUGGAAAACAUUACGCGUCAGAUACAUGCUGGGCCCGGUCAUCAGAGUAGCCCCCCACAAUCUUCGUACAGACGUUGUCCGGAGAUACUGCUACCACGAUCAGAGGUCCAGGGCGGAGUGGACAACAGAGCAAGUGCCAACGUAACGCCGAGCGCUUUUAAUGGCGAUGAUGAUGAUGACGAAUUUGGAGAUGGGAGUGAUGACAAUGGCGUUCUGGCUGACCUGGCGGCGCGGUUCGAUACACAGCAAAGUACGGGUGAUCCACCACGGCAGACACAUGUGAAGCAAAUCCUGGUGCAGCAAGAUGUGGGUUACAACAACAAUCCGACCACAGCGCAGGCGGCAGAUGAUGACGACGAUACGUACGAUGACGACGGAGAUGAUGAUCUAUGGAAUCAGAUCGGAGAUGGGUCAUUGGUCUUACAGCAGGAAAGUGGUGUGGCAACUGCAAGUCAAAGUCGUAGCACUACCAACCGAACAAUCAAACGUUAUCUUGUUGUGGACGUAGCCGAAAGUCAUUAUCUGAAUGCUAAAGGUCGUCAGCAACCCGAGAAAAUGCUCUCGGUGAAAGAUGAGAAGACUGGGAUGCUGAAGGUCAUCUUGCUACGGCAAGCAUGGUUGGACAGUCGAUGCACCAAAGGGUCACAUGUUCACCUGAUCGGCCACUUUGAUCAUUUGGGUCAGUGUAUUGUCGACGACCACGAAAACAUGAUCAUCCUGCACCCAGAUCAUCUGAUCUCCGCCACGGUUGUGGCCGACUCCUUCUCCUGCACCCGGCGCGCAGUACUGCAAGAUCGCAUCAAGGCCACCGGGGCUGCGGAACCCUCCCAAGUGUACGGCCACAUACUCCACGAGAUCUUCGGACAGGCGUUGAAGGCCAACGACUGGAGCUUAGAAAGCCUGAGCAUUAUUAUUGAGAGAAUACUCGUUAAUUGGAUUGAAUCCCUGUACGAGAUCAACACUCCAGUACCACAAGCGCUCGAAUACCUGUUGAGUAAGAUGCCCGAACUACAGGCUUGGGCAAGCGUUUUUGUCACUGCCCAAGCUUCUCCUCAGGGAGAGGUUCGUGAUCGAAACGGUGGCAUCUCAAAUAUGAGUGUGAACAAAUUAUUAGAGGUGGAGGAACAUAUUUGGUCUCCCAUGUUCGGUCUGAAAGGCAACAUUGAUGCCACGAUCCAAGUCACUUUGCAGGAAGCGAAUGAGCCUCGCACACAGACCUUGACAGUGCCAUUGGAAUUCAAGACCGGGAAAAAAGACAACAGCGAAAUGCACCGUGCGCAGACGGCCCUUUAUACCUUACUGCUCUCGGAUCGAUAUGACAUAAACGUCACAUGUGGAGUGCUUUACUACCUCGAAACUUCCAAAACCUUUCGUGUACAGGCGGUACGAAACGAGCUACGGCAUAUGAUCAUACAACGAAAUGAAUUGGCUUGCUAUGUUCGGAACAAGCUUGAGUUGCCUCCACUGAUCAGGAAGCCGUUUCUCUGCAACCGGUGUUAUGCGCAGACUGCUUGCUUCACUUACCACAAGCUGAUAGAUGGAGGCGACGGUGAGACAAGCGGCUUGAAGGAGAAGUUCGAAAACGCCGUGAGCCAUCUCAAGCCUGUACAUCAAGCCUUCUUCCAGAAAUGGGACGAGCUUCUCACCAAAGAAGAAAGAGACGCCAUGAAAUUUCGUCGUGAACUAUGGACGAUGCUCAGUGAGGAGAGAGAAGCCCUUGGACGAUGUUUUGGUAGAGUCUAUAUCGAGCCCGGGUCGGUGGUUGGAAGCCCAGACGGACCCAAGAUCAAUCGGUAUGAGUAUACCUUCUUGAAGCAGACGCCCCGGGCAGGAUUCUCUUUCGCAGAGUCCCAACUGACUGUCGGUGAACCGAUCGUGGUGUCUGACGAAAAGGGCCAUUUCGCAUUAGCCAAUGGCUACAUCACCAAAGUCCGAUCUACCCGGCUUACUGUUGCAGUCGACCGAAAACUCCACCAGAUGCGGAAGAAAUGCCCGGGCUUCAAUCCUGAUACAAAUCAAGUCUUCCAGGGUAUCAUGGAGGUUCCCAAUGACGAAGAUUCCCGUACAACAGCUGUCACGGCCGGUGAAGUAGGAGACGCCAUGUUGUUUCGCGUUGACAAGGACGAGUUCAGUAACGGCAUGGCCACCGUCAGGAACAAUCUCAUUCGAAUCAUGGAGAAAGAUCUCUUCAAGGCGCGUGAGCUACGACAGCUGAUCGUCGAAGCAGCCGCUCCGAGCUUCAAGCCUACGUCUUCUGCGUAUCCACCCGCCGGACCUGGGUCGCAACAGAACCUGAACGUCGAUCAAGUGCACGCGAUCGAGAAAGUGAUGAGUGCGAAAGACUAUGCGCUUGUUUUGGGAAUGCCAGGCACUGGUAAAACCACUACCAUUGCACACAUCAUUCGAGCGUUGGUCUCGCAGGGGAAGUCAGUGUUGUUGACCUCGUACACCCACACCGCAGUCGACAACAUUCUCCUGAAAAUCAAAGACGACGACAUCCCCGUUCUCCGACUCGGCGCUGUUGCAAAGGUUCACCCUGAGGUUCAAAGCUUCGCCGAUCUCGCCGGCAUCCCCAAAAAGACGAUUGCUGAAUUAGAGGAGUCUUAUGUGCACAGCAGAGUCGUGGCAUCGACAUGUCUUGGAGUCAAUCAUCCGAUAUUCAACACGCGCAUCUUCGAUUACUGCAUCGUGGAUGAAGCUUCUCAAAUCACGUUGCCAACUUGUCUAGGGCCGAUCCGAAUGGCAAAGACUUUCAUCCUCGUUGGUGACCACUUUCAGCUUCCACCUCUCGUGCAGAACAAGGAAGCCCAACAAGGCGGCUUGGAUAUCAGCUUGUUCAAAAUGCUCUCCGAAGCCCAACCGGAUUCAGUGGUCAACCUCGAGCAUCAGUACCGCAUGGCCGAAGACAUCAUGCUUCUCUCCAACACACUGGUCUACAAUGGCCGCCUCAAGUGUGGCACACCAUCCAUCGCCACCCGCACCCUGUGCAUUCCCAACCUGGGCGCCGGACUCGCAGCUCACCACCACACACCCGGCUCCUUCACCUCCUCUUCCAAAUCGACAUCUGUCUGCCUCCAAACCCCGACCUGCUGGAUCCUUCGCUCCCUCACCCCCUCCUCCCGCUGCCUCUUCCUCAACACGGAUCCACUCCUCCCCUCCUCCCACGACACCAUCAGCGGCUCGCGCAUCACCAACCCCCUCGAAGCCACCCUAACCACCCUGCUCGUGCAAACCCUCCUCAGCUCCGGCAUCCCCGCCCGCUCCGUUGGCGUCAUCACCUUCUACCGCUCCCAACUCGCGCUACUCCGCCAGACGCUGGGGCGAAUCACCGACCUGGAGAUGCACACGGCGGACAAAUUCCAGGGUCGCGACAAAGAGGUGGUGAUCUUGAGCUGUGUGCGGAGCAAUGAGGCGAGAAGUGUCGGCGAGCUGUUGAAGGACUGGAGGAGAGUGAAUGUGGCCAUCACGCGCGCGAAGUCGAAACUGUUGAUUCUGGGCAGUCAGGCGACCUUGGGCGGGUGUGGCAACGAGACGUUGGAGGGUUUGGUGCGCUUGAUGGAGGCCAAGGGCUGGGUACUGCAUCUGCCCCGCGAUGCGGUCGAGGGGCAUGUUUGGGAGGGUGCAGCGUUGGCGACGCAGACGCAGACGCAGCCGCACACGCACACGCAGUCCAGAAUGCAGAAGAGCGAUACUAUGGAUCAGCUGGGGACGAGUCCGAAGAAGAAGCGAGCUGCGAAUGGGAGCGACCUGCUUUCUCCGAGCAAGAAGAGAAAAGUCAACGCGUUACCACCGUUCAAACAACCGACCAAGCGGGUCAACGGCUCAUUGGCUCAGGCGGAACGAGUCUUGGGACGGAGUGGAAUCAUGCAGGAUAUUGUCAACGGCAUGUGA